AUGAUAACAAAUAGUAAUACAGACACCGCGGUAGCUCUUGUGACACCGAUGAUUUCCGGGAGUAGUGAUCACGAUGAUGCUUGUGACAGGUCGCUGCUUGUUCGGUCGAUGUAUGCCAGUAGUUCUGGUUCAUACAUAAUUGAGAGAGAGCGAGAGUGUAGAAAUCGUCCAAAGCCGCCUCCACCUGCUAAACCUGCAACACUUAAAAAUAAAAUUGCCUGUGGAGGUAUUCAGUGCACCUUUCCACAAAUCUCAAAGCUUGAUGUUUCAACAGCCAAUGAAAGUUUGCCAAAAGUUCUUUCCAAUACAAUUGAUUCAUCGAAACGAGCACGCGAAGGAAGAAAAAAUCAUGGAGGAAAAGUAAUAUCCACUUCAGAAGAUACCACAACAGAAUCUAGUUCAUUAUUCGAAACGAGGCGAAUAACGGAUUUAUAUACUGAAGAGUUUAAAAGAGUUGAAUGUGAGCCGCCUAUUUUGGAAUCUACCGAGAGGUCAAAUGCCAGGACUACAAUUAUCAAUAAACGAACAAGUUUCAUUAACGAAGAAAUCAAGAAACCCAAAAUGAAACCACCACCACCACCCACUCAGUCUCUUGUACAUCCUUCUCACUCUGCAAGAGGUAGCAGUAAGAUUGAGACUAUACGGAAAAAAUUAAACCUGGAGGGCAUUUCCAACACUAACCAAGAUAACACGCUGAAUAAUGUAGACGGUGAUGAAAGUGCACCACCAAAAGCUCACCGAUUUGAGCGCUGUCUGGACAGUUGGCAUAUACCCAGUGUGCCAUCAAUACCACCACCGCUGCCACCGGUGCUCUCACCUCAUGAUCCCAUUAACGAUGCCAUGUAUGAAGAAAUUGAGCAGUUAACCUAUACUGAGGAAAAUGGCGAAAUUUACAAAACGAAGGCGAUUGAUGAACAAAUCGAUGAAGUUUUAAUGCAGGAAGCAAAUUAUGACAAAAGUGGACAGAAUGAAUCUCUUAUUCAUGAAGAAGAAAAUAAAUUGAACGAUAGUAAUGAUAACUGUUCCAGCAGCAACCAUUUUGGGACAACGCUGCGAAUGUCCGAUGAGGAGAAAUAUUACGUGAAAAAUAAAGAAAGUAAUUUGUGGGCAAAUGAGAGAACAGUUACGAUGAGAAGACCAAAAAGUGCCUUGGAAUUCGAUAAAUUAUUGCGAAUUAAAUCCGAUAUUCAAUUAAAUAUCACGAAAAAGGUUGGCCAAAUCAAAUUCAAAGUAAGCUCAGCAUCACAAGAAAGACAACGAUGUAAACGUCCUUCAUCGAUAUUAUACAUUGAUCGAGAAAAAUUUAAAAACCAUAAUGAUGAUAAAGUUCUGGCUAAAAUAGACUUUCCUUUGGAUGAACAAUGUAUUUAUGGUGAUGUUUGGUCCUCGGAUGAAGACGAUUAUAUUGGCGCGACUCAGCAAAAACAAGGCAAUUUUUAA